ACUCCUGUUGGCGAAGACGAUGUCAACAUAUUCCAGUUGGAGCCUGAUGACUGUCCAUAACUUGUACAUAUUUGACCGGAAUGGAAAGUGUUUGUAUUACAACGAGUGGAACCGUAAGAAGCAAGCUGGUAUCUCAAAGGACGAGGAGUUUAAGCUGAUGUAUGGCAUGCUGUUUUCUAUCCGCUCCUUCGUCACAAAGAUGUCGCCAAUGGACUCGAAGGAGGGCUUCCUGUCCUUUCAGACAAGCAGAUAUCGGCUUCACUACUUUGAGACUCCCAGUGGGCUCAAGUUUGUCAUGAACACCGACCUAUCAGUGAACAAUGCCAGAGACGCACUGCAACACAUCUACAGCAAUUUGUAUGUGGAGAACAUCGUCAAGAACCCAACAUGCGUGUUGGGUGACUCUUUGGACAGCGAUCUCUUCAGCACACGACUGGAUGCUUUUAUCAGAGCUCUGCCAUAUUACAGUCCCCGCGCCAUUUAACACAUCUCUCAUAUUUGGUUUACAUGAAGCAUAGAGUUAACGGAGGGUUGGAUGUUUUUGUCUCAAAACAUUAAACUGGUGCCGCAGUCA